AUGGAAUCGAGGAUUUCAUCUAUAGUUAUUGGUUCUUCUAACUGUGAUUUUUGGUCUGGUGUAAGUUUUGGUUCUGCAACAAAUGAGACAGAGCUUGAACAAAAUAACACAUUGCAAAGUCCGAAAGAUUCUACAAAACAAUCAGUCCUGGAAAAGAUUUAUGAUUUUAACAGUAAAAAUGGAACUGAGAUAUCAGGAAUGUAUUUUAUCAGUAACAUUGACAUUGCCUACAGAAUGGGACGACGCAGCAGUUUAUGUCAGAUGGGCAUUUGCUUGUGGCCGAAAUCUGAAGAUGGGUUUGUGUACAUCCCCUAUACCAUAUCGCAGACUUACAGUAAAAUGCAGCAGGCUUCGUUUACCACAGCUUUCAAUGACUUUGCAAGAUACACCUGUAUUCGUUUCAUUCCUCGUGCAUCACAAACGGACUACAUCUCUUUUGAGUCUUUGAAUGGAUGCUGGUCCACUAUUGGUCGCAAUGGUGGUUCGCAGACAGUCUCUGUGGAUAAAGCAGGCUGUAUGUGGGUGGGAAUUAUCGAACAUGAGAUCAGCCACUCUCUUGGCCUUCAUCAUGAGCACGUGAGGGGAGACAGAGACCAAUACGUCACUGUUCAAUGGAGCAACAUUGCAGAUGGGUAUUCUGGUAAUUUUGCGGUAACUGAAACAUACAAUAAGGAACUAACACCUUACGACUACGGCUCCAUCAUGCAUUAUGGAAGAACUGCUUUCUCCGCUAAUGGAAUUUCACCUACAUUAGUUGCUACCCCAGACGAUACUGUUGCUUUUGGACAAGAAGAUAUGUUCAGUGAAAUGGAUAUCAAGAAACUUAACCUCCUCUAUCAGUGUAAUGAUUAUUUAAAGAAAUCUAUCUCAGCCACAAUGACCACUACUUCCACCACAACCAGAUCUACAGCAAGGACUACUCCCACCACAACCAGAACCACAACAAGAACCACAACUACCACAACUCCUACGACAACCAAAACUACAACAAGAACUACUACUACUACAAGUAUCGCUAGCACAACUACAGCUGCUAUGAAGAUCUACAAUGAUUGUGGAGCAAAUCUCAGAGCCCCAUCAGGCGUUAUCACAUCUCCAAACUACCCAGCUAAUUACCCCAAUAAUGCCUACUGCAUAUGGAAUAUCACCAGCAAGUCACAGAUUUCAAUUACUUUCACAGAUGUGGAUACUGAAGCUACUGCAAACUGUCUUUACGACUAUGUGAAGGUUAUCGAUGGGUCAAAACUAACUAAUUAUGUCUUAGUUCCUAACAUUUGUGGUAAUUCCGUCCCUCCGACAUUUAUGUCCAAUGAUGUUUCUGUUCUGAUUGUCUUUGUCACUGAUUGGAGCGUUCAAAGCAGAGGAUUCCGUCUGGAGUACAAGACAGUUUAAAUUGAUGGCAUGUUCUGAAAUAUCAUACGCCAGGAUUUUCCUUGCUCCUCGGGGGCGUCGGCUAACCAGAUUGUGAGAUUUCAGAAGAUGACCAUAGCUGGAAUCAUG